AACUGCCUAUGGAAUUGCAGGGAAUCUGAAGGUCACAGAGAUCUACAAUUUUACCCAGGAUGAUUUGAUGACUGAAGACAUAUUCAUCCUCGAUUGUCACUCAGAUAUCUUUGUCUGGGUUGGUCAACAGGUUGAUACCAAGAAGAAACUGCAGGCCCUUACUAUUGGAGGGAAAUUUCUUGAGCAUGAUUUUUUGUUAGAAAAGUUAUCUCGUGAAACUCCAAUAUAUAUUGUCAUGGAAGGGAGUGAGCCUCCCUUUUUUACACGCUUUUUCACAUGGGACUCUUCCAAGUCAUUAAUGCAUGGAAACUCAUUUCAACGAAAGUUUGCCAUGGUAAAGAAUGGGAUUACUCCGACUAUGGAUAAAACUAAACGGAGAACACCUGCAACAUAUGGAGGGAGGUCAAGCAGCGUUCCUGAGAAAUCUCAGCGUUCUAGAAGUAUGUCUUUCAGCCCUGAUCGAGUUCGUGUUCGUGGCAGGUCUCCAGCCUUCAAUGCACUAGCAGCAACUUUUGAGAACCCCAAUGCCAGGAACCUCUCAACUCCACCACCGAUGGUUAGAAAACUCUAUCCAAAGUCUCUGACUCCUGAUUCUGGGAAACUAGCGCCCAAAUCUUCUGCUAUAGCAACACUUGGUGCUUCUUUUGAAAAAUUUGCACCACCUCGAGAGACUAUCAUACCUAAAUCUGUUAAAGUGAGCCCAGAAGCACCCAAAUCAACCCCAACGCCUGACUCGAAAGGGAACUCAAUGAAUAGCAGAAUAGAAUCCCUCACAAUACAAGAGGAUGUCAAAGAGGGUGAAGCUGAAGAUGAGGAAGGCCUUCCAACCUACCCUUACGAACGUCUCACAACAAAUUCAACAGAUCCUGUUACAGAAAUAGAUGUGACAAAGCGAGAGACUUAUCUAUCAUCAGAAGAUUUCCGGGUGAAGUUUACAAUGACAAAGGAUGCCUUCUACAAGUUACCCAAAUGGAAACAGAACAAGCUUAAAAUGGCUCUUCAUCUGUUCUAAGCCUCCUUGAUGCAUUUGUUUUUCUUAAGCUCACUGCAAACAAGGCUGUUGGUGGAGGGAGGCUAGCCCGCGUAUAUCGGAAGAACUCAAUCUCAGAGCAGUGAAAGGGACAGCAUCAGUGCAUUUUUAGCUGCUUCUGCUCCCAAGAAGCUUGUUUUGUUGAUUGUUGGAUAAAAAUCGGGAUUCGACAUUUCUUUUUACUGAAUCUGGUUGUUCUGAGUGUCUAGCAGUUUUCUUCCUAUCAUUCCCUUUCUUUUUUUGGUUGACGUAGCCAUUUUUGGUAUUCUUUUUUGUUCACAGGUUUGUUUUGAGCUUGCAUUUUUGUUUCCAUUAUUUUUUUUCAGAAAAAUUGAUUUCAAUAGAUUGAUUAGGGGUUUGCAAAUGAAGACAAUUAGGUUGUAUUCAAUUGAGGAUGAAAGUGUGUACAGCAGAGUGUAAAAACAGGAUCACUCCUUAUUUAUUUUGACAAUA